CAUCAUGGGACACAUGGAAGAAGGUGCAAACGUUCAAAGACCACCUUUGUUGCGUGGACACAACUACAAUUUCUAGAAGGGUAGGAUGAGAGCCUUUCUCAAAUCUCUUGGAGGUGGUGUUUGGAGAAGUGUGGAAACUGGAUGGUCUGAACCUCGCAAAUAUUCCGAGUACUUGACUACAUCAACAAUCAAACCAUUUGAAGAGUAUAGCAGAACAGAAGCCAUUGCUGCUGAGUAUAAUGAAAAAGCUUUAAAUGCAAUCUUUGGAGCAGUGGACUCUACCCAGUACAAGCUCAUCUCUAACUGUAACAAUGCCAAGGAAGCUUGGGAUGUUCUCGAGGUCACGCAUGAAGGAGAUGAGGAAGUAAAGACUGCCAAGUAUCAAAUUCUUCUGACUCAAUAUGAAAAUCUGUGUAUGGAUGAGAAAGAGAAGAUCACUGCAUUUCAUGGGAGAGUUAGAGAUAUUGCAAAUCAGGCCACACCAUUCAGACGUUCUCACAAGAUUAAGACCAUGACUCUCGAUGCACUUAUGGGAAUACUGGAAUCAAUUGAACUCAACAUGGCAGAGGACAGUAAACGGCGUAAACCUGAUAGGCAGAUUGCAUUUCCCAGUACUGAGGUUGAAGAUGACCGUGAACGUGAUUUGUCACCAGAUGAAGAUUUCCAAGAGCAGUUAUCCAUUUUCACACGGCAGUUCAAGAAACAAUGGGCUCAAAAGAGAGCCAAUCAAAGACUUGAAGGUACGUAUAAGGGACUCUCACCAAAAGAUGCAAAGUAUAGAGAAGAAAAAUACACAGAUAACCUUAGCUAUACGAAGAAAAACGGACCACGGUGCUUUGAAUGUGCUGGAUAUGGGCACAUCCAUUCUGAGUGUGCAAAUAACCUGAAGAAAAAGAGACAAGCAUUCAAAGCAACAUGGAGUGAUGAAGAAACUAAAGAUCAGAGUGAUUGUGAAGAAUCCAACUGCGCAUUUGUUGCUAGUGUCCAUUCAGGAGAUGAUGACAGUCUUGCAGAGCAACUAGAGGACCUGCAAGAAAAGCGGUCAGAGCUCUUAAUGACAAAGGAAAGACUUCAAAAUCUCUUAAAAGUCAAGUUCGUCAAAGAAAUCGAAGGAGUAUCAUCUGCUAUCGGUCAUCAAGCAAAAGAAAUCAUCAACAACUUGCUCAUAGAAAUUACUAUCACUAUUAUCUCUGAGCUGAUCAGACGAGUGCAAGAGAAAGGUGCGUGGGAAUCUGUCAGGGAGGCAACUGAUAUGUUGGCGCAGACUGCUAACUGCAUAAGGGAAACAGCCAGGAAAGUGUUAGGUGUGAGCUCUGGUUUUGGGAGUAGGCAUCAGGGUGAUUGGUGGUGGAGUGAUUCAGUUCGAAGUAUGGUGGAAGCCAAGAAGGUGGCAUAUCUGAGGUACAUGGAUUGUAGUGAUGAGGAGGAAAGAGCGGCGUUACGAGUGGAGUACAAGAAGGUACGUAAAGAAGCUAAGUUAGAGGUUACGAGGGCAAAGAAUGCCGCCUUUAAACACCUCUACAAGGAUAUAGAGGAGAAAGGCGGUGUUAAUCAACUGUUCCGGCUUGCUAAGGUGCGUGAGAGGAAGGCCCGAGAUCUGGACCAUGUGAGAUGCGUGAAGGGCAGCGAUGGUAGAGUGUUAGUUGAGACUGCCAAGAUGAAUCUUAAGAUUGUUCUCGAAUGCGAGAAAAAUCUCUACGUCCUUACCUCUGAGCCUCCCAAAGCUCCUGAAGCGAAUGCCCGUGCUGCGGAAAUUACUUCGUACAAGAAGUAUGAGGAUGACGCACGCGAUGCGAGAUGUCUCAUGCUAGCCACCAUGACCCAGGAGCUCCAAAGGCUCCACAAGGACAUGGAAGAUCAUCCUAUGAUGACUCGCUUGAAAGCGGGUAACCCAGUUGGUCCCCACAUUCUCAAGAUGAUCGGUCAGAUCGAAACUCUUGAAAAACUGGAUGCCCCGUUGCACCCUAUGCUGGCAACUGAUCUCAUCAAGGGAUCACUACCAGCUGAGUAUAGUCAAACUGUAGUGAACUUCUCCAUGAACAAACUAGAGAUGACUAUGCGUGAGCUACUGAAAUUCAUCACAACUGCUGAGGAGAGUCUAGGGAAGGGCAAGGGUAAGUCUGUCCUGAUGGUAGAGGAUAGUACUAUUGUGAAGAAGAGUGGGUCACGUUCACCGGCCGGGACCAAGCGCAAGGGUUCUAAGAAACCCAAUCCAGCGUCCAAGUCCUCUUCGUUGAAACCCAAAGUAGGUGUAACACCCUAAUCCGUACAGAAGUGCCCUUCAUUCAUCACAUUUUGAGACUUAAGAAAUUCCUGCAAGUUCCACUCUUUCUUCUCUAAGCUUUUUCCACCAUUAAUGGAGUUUUGGGAAGAAAACUCUAGGUUCGAAGAGAAGACCUCAAGAAAAGGAAAGCUAGAAGUAGAUAAUGACGUCCGUUCGUUGAACGUACGUGAGGUGUUAAGAUCAUUGUGUUCGCCUACGAACUCUAAGGUAAUAAGCUAUGGCGUCCAUC